CGCGCAUUGAUGACGUAUGAGGGAGAAAGAUGGCGUCUGCUGUAGCGGCGGUAGAGGAGGCUGAAGAUUAUUCCUUUUUGCCUAUUAUUCACGACAUUAUAAAAUGCAUGGACAAAGACAGCGCCGACAUCCACCAGGACCUGAACAAACUGAAGACGAAGAUCCAGGAGGCCCGGGAGCAGAUCGCGGCGAUGCCGGGGAUCGACAUGAGUCCCGCGGUGCAGGAGAGCAAGCUGUGCACGCUCCGAGAACAGGUCCGGACCAAGAACCAGCUUCUGCAGAAAUACAAGAGCCUGUGCAUGUUUGACAUCCCCAAACCCUCCUGAGACACGGACAGCUCCUCACCCGUGCGUGCUGCCACCCUCGCCUUUGUACAAAAGCUCUAUUUUUUAUUAUUUCUACGUGCAUGUAUAUAUUUUCUGCGAAAUGCGUGCUUGUUAUUGGUGACUGGAUUCUGUAUACUUCACUGUCAUAGUUGUGCGUUAAAUUAAAUCGCUUCUUUAAUACAA